AUUUUCAUCUCACUUCCUCGUGUCAAAAAAUGAGUGGAAAUGUUCCCGACUCAUAUGCCACGUCAGCAACCUCCCCCGCUGAAUCACACUAGCAAAGCACCCACUGAUGCUAAGGCUUGUCAUCCUCUGUUUCUUUCCCAUCCAAUCACUCUACAACAAACGAAAUCUGCAAAAAACUCCAUUCUUCAUGGUGGUUGAAGCCUUUUCUUCAUUUCUUUAAGAGCCCAGAUUUUUUUUCUUGACAAGAAUGGAGGGCCUAAAUGCAGCUGGUUUGACCCCAAUAUCGGUUCUUUCUAUUAAAAGAACAAAACCCAGAAAACUUUUAUGCCACCUUGCCGAUUCUUCAUCAGUCAAAUUCUCAAAUUCUGCUUCUUUAAGCACCACCCCACAUACUAUUCAAGAUUGCUUAUCAAGCACUUUUCAUGGGAGUCUGUUGCUCUUAUCUUCAGUCCUUAGUACUGAUCUAGUUAAAGCUUUAACAUACGAGGAAGCACUACAACAGUCAACAAGCACCGCCUCUUCUGAUUUUGACGCCAGUGGAGUUCUUGAUAAUGUUAUCAGUUUCGCUACUGAAAACCCUGCUGCAAUAGCAGGUGGAGCUGCAUUUUUGGCAGUUCCGUUGGUUUUGUCUCGGAUUCUAAAGAAACCCAAGCCAUGGGGUGUUGUGUCUGCAGCAAAAGCUUAUGCAGCACUGGGAGAUGAUGCAAAUGCUCAGUUGAUUGAUAUAAGAGCGCCAGUGGAGUUGAGAACAGUGGGUACUCCUGAUAUCAGAGGUUUCAAAAAGAGGCCAGUGUCAGUUUUUUACAAAGGUGAAGAUAAGCCAGGUUUCUUGAAGAAGCUGUCUUUGAAGUUUAAGGAACCAGAAAAUACUACAUUGUUCAUUCUAGAUAAAUUCGAUGGGAACUCUGAACUGGUUGCAGAGUUGGUAACUUUCAAUGGAUUUAAAGCUGCUUAUGCUAUAAAAGAUGGUGCAGAAGGACCACAGGGAUGGCUGAAUAAUAGUCUUCCUUGGAAAGUUCCAAGUAAAGGGUGGAGUUUUGAUCUUAGCAGUUUAAUAGAUAUUCUCAGCGGUGCACUUGGCGAUGCCUCUGGUGCCUUGCCUCUGAUCAUUGGGAUUGCAGCAGCAGUUGGCUUAGGUGUAUUAGUAUUUUCACAAGUAGAUAAAAUUCUCCAAUUGCUAGGCUUGGCUGCACUUGUUCAGUUGGCAGCUAAACUACUGUUUGCAGAGGAACGAGAGAAAACUCUGCAGCAGGUCGAGGAAUUAUUGAACACCAAGGUUGCCCCUGGAGAGCUUGUUGAUGAUGUAAAGCUAAUUGGGAAGGCUUUCCUGCCACCGGUUGGGUCAAGUAAGGCUCUCCCUCCGCCAGUGGAACCAAGUUCCGAAGCUGCUGCUGAUAGUACUGUACUGAAGGCAGAACCUGCUUCAGAGCCAGCUUCCCAAAAAGAUUCAGUAUCAGUUUCCGGGUUUCAAAGGCCCCUUUCGCCAUAUGCAUCAUAUCCAGAUUUGAAGCCCCCAACAUCUCCUACUCCAUCACAGCCCUGAAGUUAUAGUUGCAUUGAAGUCUUCAGGCGUGUUUCUAAAAGAAAUAACUGAUUUUGCCGAUUCCUGGGCUAUUUCAUGAGUGGUUCAAUCUGUGCUCUUGAUUGGUAAAAUUCUCCAGCUUUCCAUGACAUUCAAACGAUUGAUCCAAGGAUAUGAUUUGGGGUCUUCCAGCCAGUAAGACUACGUUUCUUUUAGCUCUUCAGAGCCGAUCUUUCGUAGAAUUAGUUCAUGAUUUAACAGUAAAACUAUCUUUAUAAGCAGUUCGAUUUGAUUCAGUUUAUGGAGUUUGUAGUCAUGCAUUGUCUAAAACCCAUAUGUAAAUUUUAUUGGGAUGGUGGCAAAUGGAGAAACACUUAUCAAGAUUUAGUACAUAAUGUUUGUGCGACUCUGUGAAAUUAUAAAUUUCAGUAUUAUUUUA